AUGUCCGAGCAGGAGCUGGGUGCGACCGCGAAGAUCUGCGACGCCCUCCGCGAACUCCGCGCCCUCGCCCCCGGAAAUGGUGCCAGGCAGUCGGCACAGACUCCGUUCGAGUUUCUCGGGCUUGACCCGGGCGUUGCGCCGUUCAUGCUGACGCUGAGCUCUCGUAGUCUGGGUCCCCAGGUGCAGUCCGAAGUCGAGAAGAUUGUCACCGACGCGGCGGUGGUAGUAAGGGAGAAUCUCUGGCCGCGGCUGUUGAUCCACGACGACGUGGAGAGCACCAGCCACAGCGCCGCCAGCAUCAGGCAGCAUGUUCUGGCCACCUACGUCGUUACCGCGAGGCUCAUGUAUCUAAGCAAGGUGCACCCCAAGCUGAGGAAGUAG